AUGGCGUUGUUACUCGCCUCUAUCUUUAGACUUCGAGCUGCUGCUGUAAAUGUGGGAGAUUUUGUAAAUGUCUUCACUUCUAAUGUUAUAGGACAGAUGACGCUCAGGAUGAGACUCUUCGAUGAGAACAACGCAGAGGCCGAACACUUCAGAGAAUUAAUGGACGAUUUCUUAAGAAUAGCUGCUCGUUUUAGGAUUGGGGAUUUCGUCCCUUUCUUAGAGAGGAUUGGCUUGGGUGGGUCUCUUGAUGAAAUGAAGAGCGUGCACAAGCGAUUUGAUGAAUUUCUUGUGAGGAAGAUGGAAGAACAGAGGAGUAGACCUAAGACCACUGAGGACGAUGGCAGCAAGGACUUUCUACAGAUUCUCCAUCAACUCAAAUAUAAUUCUGGAGAAGAUGGGCGACAGCUUUCUGAGUCUAAUAUCAAAGGCAUUUUACUGGACAUGAUAUCGGCGGGAACCGACACUGCUACUCGCACUGUAGAAUGGGCGAUGUCGGAGUUGAUCCGCCAUCCUCAUCUCAUGAAGAAAGUGAGAGACGAGAUGGACGCAUCCGUUGGAACGGAAGAGAGAGUAGCAGAAUAUCAUCUUCCUCACCUCAAAUAUUUACAAGCAGUUGUAACGGAAACUCUUCGAUUGCAUCCUCCAACACCGCUUAUGCUUCCUCACGCAUCUCCAGACAGUUCGAGGGUAAUAAUGGGGCAUUUCAUUCCGCCCAAUUCUCAUGUGAUGGUGAACGUGUGGGCCGUGGCAAGAGAUCCAAAUGCGUGGGAGAAGCCGCUGGAAUUUAAUCCGGAUCGUUUUGUGGACAAUCCCGUUCAUCUUGAUGGAAAAGAUUUUCGAAUAAUACCGUUUGGUGCAGGGCGAAGAAUGUGCCCGGGCUAUAAUCUGGGGCUUCUUAUGAUACAAUUUGCACUUGCAAGCUUUGUUCAUGCAUUUGAUUGGUCUCUUCCAUCUGGUGAAGAACCUCAAGAUUUGGACAUGUCAGAGAAAUAUGAAGUCUCGAUUCACAGGAAAGUUCUUCUCAAUCUUUUCGCCACUCCUCGUCUGCCUGAACUUCUCUAUAACAGGUCAACAAAAAGCGAAUCAUAUGUAAUUGUUUAUUCGCAAUUCCUGUCAUCCAGCUCACACAUCUGUUGUUGGUUUCGGUUUUAA